AUGUCACCUACGUCGCUCUCGGCCUCCGAGGCAAAGCGCAGGUUCGGCGUAGAGAAGGAAAUAGCACUGUUUCCCGAGAACUUAACGACGCAGGAGGAGGAGAAUGUGAAAGUUGUACUGGAGUACAUGGAGAUAGCCUACUCCCCCGCAAACGCCGGCUCUGACUCCGUCGCCCACCUCUGCGCCCCGGGAAACACCUUCGAAGCCCGUUCCACCUUCCCCGAUGCGCACACCGCUGAAGAGUACGCCGAGAGCCACGCCAAGGUAAUGCGGGCGUUGAAUAAUCUGGAGAUUGUGAGGUUUGAUUAUGUGAUUGCAAAGGACAAUACUUACGCCGUUCUUUGCACGUCGGUACAAACAGAGAACUUCGUCUCCCUCCGCUACACAGCAACAGGCUCGCAUGUCGGUGCACCACACAACGGGAUCCAGCCUACUGGACGGCGGGCACAGUGGACUGCGUGCGGAAACUUCGUGCUCGACAGCUUCAAUGCUGCAGCUGGAGAGAAACCGAGGAUUAGGAAGUGGCUGAAGGAUUGGGAUAAGAUGCAAAUGUGGCAGCAAUUGGGCUGGGUUAGGCCUAAUAACGACGAAGUCUCCUUUGCGUAA